GGGCAAAUAACCGGAGUAGGCCUGCUGGGAACGGGACUUCUAAAAGGAACUAUGUCUGGAAGGCUGUGGUCCAAGGCCAUUUUUGCCGGCUAUAAGCGGGGUCUCCGGAACCAAAGGGAGCACACAGCUCUUCUUAAAAUUGAAGGUGUUUAUGCCCGAGAUGAAACAGAAUUCUAUUUGGGCAAGAGAUGCGCUUAUGUAUACAAAGCAAAGAACAACACAGUGACUCCAGGCGGCAAACCAAAUAAAACCAGAGUCAUCUGGGGAAAGGUAACUCGGGCCCAUGGAAACAGUGGCAUGGUUCGUGCCAAAUUCCGAAGCAAUCUUCCUGCGAAGGCCAUUGGACACAGAAUCCGAGUGAUGCUGUACCCCUCAAGGAUUUAAACUAACGAAAAAUCAAUAAACGUGGAUUUGUGUUCUUGUAUUUUUGUUAAGUGGAUUAAAGAAUUUAUUACCUUAAAUUGAUUUGCUACAUGCUUAAAAUGAUAGAGGUUGCCCGGCAUUUUUGGAGUACAAGGAGAUCAGAGACAUGUGAUGAAAAUUACAGGGCGAGUUCAGAGAUUUAGAAGGGAGUGGGUUUUAAUUCGAGUAUCUUUGACAGAGUCUUGCUCUGUUGCCCGUGCUGGAGUGUAGUGGUGCUCACUGCAGCCUCACAUUCAAAGGCUCAAGCAAUCCUCCCUUGGCCUUUGAAGUAGUUGGGACCGCAGGCUCAUGCCACCAUGUCUGGCUCAUUUUUAAAUUUUUUGUAGAGGGGGUAUGACUCUUGCCCAUGCUGGCUUCAAACUCCUGGGCUCAAGGGGUCCUCCCUCCUUGGCCUCCUGAAGUGCUGGGAUUAGAGGUGUGAGCCACCACAUCCUGCCAAAUGCUUUGUAAUACUAUGCAUUUGUUCAGUACAGAUUGGGAAACUUAAAAUUUGAAUGGAGAUUAUAUUGAUGGGCUUUGGCAGUUCAUUUGGAUAGACUGGGAUGAGAAGCUCUUGGGAAUUGUGACUAGACAAAGCAUUCCAGUAUAUUAAAAUAGAAUUGAGCCAUAUUACUCCACUCAUAAAAA